AUGGCUGCCUGCACCUUCUUUUCAGCACACCAAUUCGAUUCUGAAUGUAUCACUGACUCUCUCGUCAGCCGUGCAUUGCUCGCUGCCUCUCUAACAGAUAUACAAGAACCACGUACGAAACUCAAGUUUUUACAACUGAAGCAAAUGAUUUUCUUUCUUUUUAUUAUAAGAUUUCUUACUUUUCUUUUCUAUUUUCUUUUCUUGAAAAUUUUCCUGUCGCCUUUCCUCCUCCUUUCUUUCUUUCUUUCUUUCUUUUAUUUUUCUCAUUCCUUCCUUUAUAUCUCAUUUUCUUUCUUUUCUAGAAACAUUCUCCUGUUUCCUUUCUUUCUUUCUUUCUUUCUUUCUUUCUUUCUUUCUUUCUUUCUUUCUUUUAGCAAUUUUAAUAUACUUAACCGGAGCUUUCAUCUUUUCUUUCUAUUUGGCUUCCUUCCUUCCUUCCUUCCUUCCUUCCUUCCUUCCUUCCUUCCUUCCUUCCUUCCUGUAAUCUUCUAUUCUUUCUUUCGUUCUUUUUUCUUUCCCCCUUUUCUUUCCUUAUUUCUUUCUUUUUCUUUCUUUCUUUCAUUCUACUUGCAUUUUCACUGCCUUUCUUUCCCCCUUUCUUUCGUUUUUUUACCACUAUUUUCUUUCUUUUUUAUUUAUUUAUUUCUUCCUUCAUUUACUCUUCAUUUUUCUUUCUAUCUUUCGUCCUGCAUUCCUUCAAUUUUUGUUUUUCUUUCUUUCUUUCUUUCUUUCUUUCUUUCUUUCUUUCUUUCUUUCUUUCUAGAAAUUUUUUAUAUACUUAACCGAAGCUUUCCUUCAUAUUCUUUCUAUUUUUCGUGCUUGCUUGUUGCUUCCUUCCUUCCUUCCUUCCUUCCUUCCUUCCUUCCUUCCUUCCUUUAUUCCGUCUUCUUAGCCUUUCUUUUCUCCCAUUUCUUUCUUUUUUCUACCAUUACUUCUUUCUUUCUUUCUUUCUUUCUUUCUUUCUUUCUUUCUUCCAAUUUGUCCCUUUUAAUUAGUUUCAGCCUUAAAUCUUCAUCUUAUUCUUCUUUUCGGUUCCUUUUCUUUUUUUUUUUCAAAUUUUUCUCAUAUUUUUUCGUCUUUCUUGCUUCACUAUAUCUAGCUGUAUUCUAA